UAUUUCAUUUAUGUAUGGGGGAAUUAAAUUGAGACGAAGAUCUGACAUCGGGAAAAUUGGUGAAGCCCACCUAGCCAUGUGCAUCGGUGUGUCCUAUGAAUUUUGAUCGACAUGCACGUAAUAGCCGAGAAGUUACCGCGCGAGAUGUUUUCGGGAUGUUUUUUCGGUCAAUGUAGCAGUUCUCUUUACAUAAUUUCAUGAUGCUCUGUAGACUUUGGAUUCCUCUUUAUCGAUUUCCUGAAGGGAAGAUUUAACACGUUUCCAUCUCUCCUUUCUUUACCCACAUCUCUAUAAUUGCACCUCUGUUGUGAUCAUUUAUCACACAUACAGAGGAGAAACCACUUCUUCCAUGGCCUUACAAGGAGCUUCUUCCACGCUCUCUUCCGCUUUAACUUCUUCCAUACAUCCGUGGACUCACGAUGUAUUCUUGAGCUUUAGAGGUAAAGAUGUUCGCCAAAAAUUUAUUUCUCAUCUAUAUAAUGCUUUGGAUAAAAGAGGAAUCAACACUUACAUAGACGACAAGCUCGAAAGAGGAGAGGAAAUUCCGCAAGCACUUUUCCAAGCUAUCGAAGGAUCAAUGAUUUCCAUCAUUGUAUUUUCUAAAAACUAUGCAGAAUCAAAAUGGUGUUUGAACGAAUUGUUGAAGAUCCUUGAGUGUAUGGGUACAACAAAACAAAUUGUUCUACCAGUAUUUUAUGACGUAGAUCCAUCACAUGUAAGACAUCAAAAAGAAAGUUUUGGAGAUGCAUUCGCUAAACUUAAAGACAGGUUCGAGGGCAAGGUAGAAGUGCAGAAGUGGGAGGCAGCAUUAGAAGAACUAGCCAAUAUCGCGGGGUUUGAAUUAAAGAAUUACAGGAAAGAGUCAGAAUUUAUCCAGGAAAUUAUUCGAUGGGUGGACUUAAGAAUGGUAAACCAAACACUUCUAAGCGUUGCCAAGUAUCCAAUUGGGAUAGAGUCUCGUAUACGACAUAUUUAUCAGCAUUUAAGUAUUGGAAAGAAUGAUAUUAGACGCAUUGUAGGGAUAUUUGGGACCGGUGGAAUUGGAAAGACAACUAUUUCAAAAGAUAUCUACAACCGGAUUUCUUCUCAAUUUGAAGGAAGUUGUUUCUUGAAAGACGUUAGAGAAACUUCAAAACAGGCAGGAGGUCUAAUUAAGCUGCAAAAUACCCUUCUUUAUGAUAUUUUAGAAGAAAAUUUGGAUGUUCGUGAUGUUGACAGAGGCAUCAAUGUGAUAAGGCAUAGACUUUCCUCUAAAAGAGUUCUACUAAUUCUUGAUGAUGUGGAUGAGUUGGUCCAAAUAGAAAAGUUAGCUGGAGAUCGUGAUUGGUUUGGCUCAGGAAGUAGAAUCAUUAUAACGACAAGAGAUCAAUGUUUACUCAAUAAGUCUAAAGUUGAUUCAAAGCACGAGGUGAUGAUUUUGGAUGACAAUGAAGCUCUUCAACUCUUUAGCUUGCAUGCUUUCGAGGAAAAAGAACCAUUGAAGGAUUAUAUGGACCUAUCUAAAGAAGUAACAAAAUAUGCUCAAGGUCUUCCACUAGCUUUAACAGUGUUAGGUUCGGAUCUAAAAGGUCAAAGUAUACAUCAAUGGAGAAGUGCAUUGGAUAAAUAUAAAAAAAUUCCCAACUGUAAUAUUCAGAAAGUACUCUUAGUGAGUUAUGAAGGUCUAGAUGAUACUGAGAGGGAAAUGUUCCUUGAUAUUGCAUUUUUCUUCAAAGGAGAAUCCUUGGCUAAUGUCAUGAAAAUUUUUGAUGGUUGUGGUUUUUUUCCGGUUCAUGGAAUCAAGAGGCUUAUAGACAAGUGUCUUAUUAGUACUAUUGAAAGGCAUUAUGAAGGGCGUAAUGAAUCAUGUGUUCAGAUGCACGACUUGCUACAAGAUAUGGGACGAGAAAUUGUUCGACUAGAAUCACCCAAAGAACCUAGCAAACGUAGUAGAUUGUGGUUUCAUGAGGAUAUCCGUGAAGUGUUGGAAGAAAGUACGGGACCAAACAAAAUUGAAGGCAUAGUAGUAGAUUUACCUGAAGGCGAUGAGGAGAUAAGCUUGCAUCCGGAUGCAUUUCGACAUAUGAAAAGACUUAGAGUCUUUAUAAAUUGUAAUGCACAUUUUUUUUGUGGACCCAGUUAUCUCUCGGACAAGUUAAGAGUCCUUAAUUGGUAUAAAUAUCCUGUAGAUUCUUUGCCACAUGAUUUCCAAGGAAAGAAACUCAUUGUCUUUAACAUGCGUGAUAGCUUGGUCAAGGAGUUAGGGGAUGGAUUCAAGCCCAAGAAUUUGAUGACUAUGACUUUCUAUAAUUGUAAAUUCUUAAAAAAGAUUCCGGAUCUUUCAAUCAUCUCAAAUUUGAAGGAAUUGAUUGUCCAAAAUUGUACAAGAUUAGUUGAGGUGCAUGAUUCUGUUGGAUCUUUGAGAAAUCUUUCUAAGUUGGAUUUUGGGGGAUGCUCUGAACUCCAAAUUCUUCCAAGAAGCCUCAAUUUGAGAUCUUUACGCGAGCUUCUUCUUGCUUAUUGCUCAAGCCUUCGUUAUCUUCCUGAAAUCGAGUGUAAAAUGGAAUCUUUAAUUUUAUUGGAUCUACUUGGCACCGCAAUAGAAGAACUACCUUUAUCCAUCAGGAACCUCGUUGGACUCCAGAGUUUACGGCUAUCACACUGCAAAAACCUUAUUCGUCUCCCAAUUGCUUGCAUUCUAUGGCAACAUUUAGGGGAACUCGUGAUUGGUGGUUGUCCAAAUCUUGUAAAGAAGAUGAGGAAUGAUGGGCUAUCCCUUCUAGACAUUGAGUCUACAAAAAUGGAAGAGGAGAUAUCAUUAGGUGAAAAACGACUCCAUGAAUUGGUGCCUCCAACGAAUUCAAGUAAUGGGAGCACUGCAUUACAAUUGUUGAAUCUUCAACGUUGUUUCCAAUCAGAAACAAAUUUCUUUCCAAUAUCUAGUUUGUUUACCAUGUUUAACUCCUCCACCAGUUUGCGUCGUUUAGAUCUAUCGAAGAGUAAAAUUGUUAGCCUUCCCACGAGCAUCAAAGAACUCGUUACACUAGCUACACUUUCCUUGUGCAAUUGUGAGAAACUUGAAGAAAUACUAGAGCUUCCACCAAAUAUAAGAGAUGUAGAUGUUGAAGGAUGCAAGUCCUUAGAGAGAUUUCAAGAAGUAUCAAAAAUAUUGGAAUUCAAUGGAAGCCACAUCAGAUCGCUUGAACGUAUUUCAUUGGAAGGCUGCUACAAAAUGCAUAAGAAUAUAUGGAACGAUAAAGUGCAAAAUCCUUUAUUGUGGAAGGGACUCUAUGAAUAUGAUGCUACUUUGUUUCCGGAAAAUCAUGAGUUUUUAAAAGAUAAUGAAAUAGUGAAGGGGCAUGAUGAUUAUGUCAGACCAAGGGGAGAAGAAGAGUGGGCAAUAGAUAUCGAGGGGCCGCACUAUUUGGAGGAGAUAAGCGGGAUUGUAUUAUAUCUUGUAAUAUUUUUUAAAGAUGCUGCAGGCUAUGAUAUUGAUAUUGGUGGUGCUAAGAUAACCAGUAACAGCUCAAAUCAUGUAUGUUGUAUUCAAGAAGGGGUAAAAUUGGUUAAUAUGGAUUGGUUGAAAGAGGAAAAUAUGACUGGAUAUGCUGUAUGGGUGGGGUACUCCAAUUUACAAUCUUUUGAACUAAAGAUUUUGGACAAUUUGCUUGUUCAAUUUGAUGACUUCCAUCAUCCUUAUGGUCCAAUGGUGGAGUUUUAUAAAAGUUGCAGAGCCAAAGUGGUAUACAAGAAUGAAAGGAGAGCAAAUAAAAAAAGAAAAACUGAUGAAGUGACAUUGGAGCCUUACCACCCACUAUUGAUGCUACAAUGACACUAAGCUCCGUCCAGCAUUUGACUGAGAACAAGUUUGUGCAGGGCAACCCAACUAUUGAAUGUCACCUGCAAUGCCACAUGUAUGGUUUUGGUUUUGGUUUU